AUGCGUUUAGUGGCGUGGGGUGUUAUAAGCAUAGCGGGUAUAUUGGUGGAGACGGUUAUAGUGGUGGAGACGGUUAUAGUGGUGGAGACGGUUAUAGUGGUGGAGACGGGUAUAGUGGUGGAGACGGGUAUAGUGGUGGAGACGGGUAUAGUGGUGGAGACGGUUAUAGUGGUGGAGACGGUUAUAGUGGUGGAGACGGGUAUAGUGGUGGAGACGGGUAUAGUGGGUGGUUUACGUUAUAGUAGCGGUCAAUAUACAUUUUAA